AUGACAACGAACGAAGAGUGCACGCGGCUGCGUCAAGAAUUGAAUUCAGUUCGUUCGUUUUAUGAACAAAGAUUGCAGGAUUCCAAUACGAGAUUUAAAAGGUUACAGAGAUUCAGCGAAAAUCAAAAGCAUCAGUUAGAAGAAAUUCGGCAGAAUGUGACCCAAGCAGAACAGGAAAAAACCAAAGCCAUAAAUGAUUGUAAUGCGGCAAAUGAUCGAUUAGAUAAGCUACAUUUAGAAUUAGCUUUUAUGGAAAGGAGUCUGGAAGAGGAAAAGGAGAGCAAACGCUCCCUUAUGAAUUACAAAGAUCAGGAAAUAAGUCAGUCAAAAGACACAAUCGAGCAAAUAACGGUUUUACGGUCACAAUUUCAACAGCAAAUAUUCGAAUUACAAAAUGAACUGCAAUCCGUAAAAAUGACCGAAUAUCAGUGGAAGAAUAAACUUACAAUAGCAGAUGCAGAGAAGGAGUCACUUAGGGCCCAAGUAACCUCGAUGGAAAAUGAUGUAAAGCAAUGGCAAAGCUUGAUCAAAACUACAUCGGAUAGUAAGAAUGCGGAAAUAGAUUCUUUAAAUUCGAAAGUCGAAAAUUU